AUGGCCUCCCUGUUCUCUGGGCGCGUCCUGAUUCGCAACAACAGCGACCAGGACGAGCUGGACACCGAGGCCGAGCUCAGCCGCCGGCUGGAGAACCGGCUGGUGCUGCUGUUCUUCGGCGCCGGGACGUGCCCGCGGUGCCAGGCCUUCGCACCCGUCCUCAGGGACUUCUUCGUGCGGCUCACGGAUGAGUUCUAUGUGCUGCGGGCAGCCCAGCUGGCCCUGGUGUAUGUGUCCCAGGACCGCACGGAGGAGCAGCAGGACCUGUUCCUCAGGGACAUGCCCAAGAAGUGGCUCUUCCUGCCCUUCGAGGAUGACCUGCGGAGGGAGCUCGGGCGCCGGUUCUCCGUGGAGCGCCUGCCGGCGGUCGUGGUGCUCACGCCGAGUGGGGACGUGCUCACCCGCGACGCGGCGGACGAGAUCGAGCGCCUGGGCCCCGCCUGCUUCGCCAACUGGAGGGAGGCGGCCGACGUGCUGGAGCGCAGCUUCCUGCAGCCAGAGGACCUGGACGAGCCCGCGCCGCGGAGCCUCACCGAGCCGCUGCGCCGCCGCAGGUAUCGCGUGCCCCGGGCGGCGCGGGGUGCACGCGGCCGCGGGGCAGGCGGCGGGGCCGAGGACGAGGCCGGAGGGCUGUUCUGA